AUGAACGAGUCGGCGAUUGAGGAGGAAUUUGGCGAAGAGCUGAUAGAUGAUUGUCUCUAUGAAGCGCCAUACGUUACAGAAAGAUUUUGGCUGGUCGGAGUGGGUGGGACGAGUGUGGCCAUUGUCAGCUUUAUUGAAAAUGCUUUUGUAUUUUAUAUGCUAAUGAAACGAAAAACACAUCGUGCCUCUCCAAAUCUAUACCUCGGAUUACUUGCCUUUUUCGACAUGUUUAUGGCCGGGGCCUACAUCCCGUUGAUGAGCCUGAAUCUCUUUGCCGAUUAUUUUCAAUCUCUACCCUUAUUGACAGCGUGGUACCACUACAUGAUCCCCCUAAUUACGGUUUCCCACAUCGCCAUGACUUCAUCAACAUUUUUGAUUAUGGCGGCCACCGUUGAACGAUAUGCAUCAACAGUAAAGCCCCACACAAAGACAUCGAAGUUUCUCACCCGCAAUCGCGUCGGCAUUUCGGUAUUUGCUGUAUUAAUGGGUUUCUUCACCAAAUUGACAAUGGCCUUUGAAAUCACGUGGAGUUACGACCCAAAAUGUGAGGGUUUGAUGACGCAAUGGAAGAUUGGAGUAUCGGAUAUAGCGUUAAAUGAAGCCUAUGCUACAUACUGGAAAGUAGCAUUCCGAAAUGUUGCUACUGUCCUGUUCCCCUUCUUCGUCCUAUUGAUCUUAAAUAUCCGAAUUAUCUUCGCCUACAAGAAAACCGACUUCCAUUAUUUAAGCGUCCAAAAGCUCAGUGAGGCUAAGCGAAAGCAACGAGUCCGUGCUGCAACUCGAGCUCUGCUUUUGGUCGUUUUCACAUAUUUGAUGUCGAACUGCUUGAAUGUGCUGAUCACCAUUGGAGAACAUUUCCACCCCGACUAUCUUGCCAAUGAGCUUCGCGUAUUCUACAUAUUUUCCGUUGAUGUGGUAUCCCUAUUGACAAUAUUUGCCGGAGUUUUACGGCUUCCCAUCUACGUCUCAUGCCAAUCAUCCCUCCGACGAGAGUUUGCCGUCCAAAUCCGAAAAUGGAUCGCAUUCUGGACAUUCGGGAACUACAAACACUCAAAAAUCAACCAAAGCGAAACGGGACGCACCUGCUUCACCGAUGACAUGGAGCUGGCCGAUGGCGACGCUAAUGGUGGUGGCCAAUACGCAAACCUGCUGAUGGCUCUCGGCACCGCUCUGCUCCACGAAACACCUAGCAAUACUAGGAUGGAUUCCAGCACUGGUGAUAGUCCCGGUGAUCGUAUGAUACGGACGGCGUCGAGCGAUCGACACUCUUGCAGCGAGGAGAUGGUU